CAGCCCAUUACAGCUGCGCGCCACAGCAGGUCUUUACGCACGGAGCUCAAUGGACUGGAAUCUGCUGUAGAGUCAGACGAGAGCAGAGGAACUUCAGAGCCGUCACGUUACCUCAGUGUGUGCUCUCUGGCUCUCACGCCAAGCUGCAGCUUGUAAUUUAUAGACUUGUUUGUCUUUUCCCGGAGUUGAAGCAUGAACCAGAGUGCAGGAGCAGCACAACACACCCACAGGUACUCCGUGGAGGAAAAGGAUAUUGGACCUGUUGGACCUGACAGAAACUGGAAAGGCAUCGGAAUCUCUUUGCUGGUUAUUCUGGUGGUUCUGUCAUUUAUUGGACUUUCUAUUGUUCUGCUGUCAAAAGACACUGGAAGUAAAACAUCUGGUUCACCUUUAACUCUGGAUGACCUCUUCCAAAGAAGUUUCCAAAUACAUGAUCCUGAUGCAAAGUGGAUCAGUGCAAAAGAAAUCAUCUUUCAGAGAUGGGAUGGAAAUGUUUUCAAAAUGGACAUGAACAACAACAAGACUGAGCUUCUGCUAAAGAACACAACUUUUGCAACCUUCAAGGCAUCAAAGUUUGCUAUUUCUCCAGAUUUGAACUUUGUUCUUCUGGGAUAUGAUGUCAAGCAGGUUCACCGGCAUUCUUUCUUGGCAUCAUACUUGAUCUAUAACUUGUAUACAAGAGAGGUGCAGGAGCUCAACCCUCCUGAGGUGUCCAAUUCUGCGCUCCAGUUUGCCUCCUGGGGAGUCCAGGGCCAGCAGCUGAUUUACAUUUUUGAAAAUAAUAUCUACUACAAAGCAAAUGUGCAGAGCAGCUCAUGGAGGCUGACAUCCUCUGGACAGGACGGCGUGGUCUUCAACGGCAUUACAGACUGGCUGUAUGAAAUGGAGGUGUUGCACCACCAGGCUGCUCACUGGUGGUCCCCAGAUGGCUCCAGGUUGGCCUACCUCACCAUCAACGACUCUCUGGUCCCCACCAUGUUUCUGCCUCGCUUCACAGGCUCUCUGUACCCCCGAGGGACGGAGUAUCGCUACCCAAAGAUGGGCCAGAACAACCCUGCUGUCGGCCUGCAUGUCAUUACUCUGGACGGCAGCUCCUUCACCGAGGAAAUAAAACCACCAGACGGCUUUCAUACGAGGGAGCUUUACAUUACCAUGGUUAAAUGGGUUGCACAGGAGAAGCUGAGCGUGCGCUGGGUGAACCGAGCUCAAAACAUGUCAGUGCUUUCACUUUGUGACACCACAGCGGGCUCCUGCAUCACGAAACACGUGAUGGUGUCGGACAAGUGGCUUGAUGGACAGAAUGAGAAGCCGGUGUUUUCAAGAGACUCCACUGCAUUCUUCACCAUCAUGCCUUUAAAACACAGCAGCCACGGAGCCUUCAACCACAUUGCCAUGAUCUCCAAUCACUCUUCUGGUAAGGACGUCAGCCUUCAUCACCUGACCUCUGGAACCUGGGAUGUAACUCACAUUCUGUCUUAUGAUGAGAGCACAAACUCGGUUUUCUUUCUGAGCACAGAAGAAGGACCAAGCCAGCAACACCUGUACAGGGUCUCUGUGAUGGAUUCCUCUGAUAAAGAAUGCCUGAGCUGCUCCCUUUUCAGAUCAAACUGCACUUACUAUGAUGCUGCUCUCAGCUCUGACUGCCAGCAUGUUCUGCUGAACUGCAGAGGCCCUGGACUUCCUCAAACAACCCUUCACAAACUCAGCAGCAUGAGGGAGUUCCAGACGCUGGAUGAAAGCGCAGAACUAAGAGCUGCCCUGAAAAACAGAAGAGUCCCAAAAACAGAGAGAAGAACUGUACAAAUAAACAGUUUCGCUUUUCGGCUGGAGCUGAUUCUCCCCAUGGAUUUGGAUGAAACGCAGAAGCAUCCUCUUCUACUGGUCCUCAACGACGCCCCUGGUGGUCAGGCUGUCAGUGAUCGUUUCUCCCUCAGUUGGGAGUCUGUCCUGGUUUCGUCUGAGCACAUCAUCGUAGCCCGUGUGGACGGUCGCGGCAGCAGCUUUCAGGGGGAGGAGAUCCUGUACGGAGUUCACCAGAGACUGGGAACCGUCGAUGCUCAGGAUCAGACGACAGCACUUGAGCAGCUGCUCAAACUACCUUACAUUGAUGAGAGUAAAGUUGGAGUUUAUGGCAAGGCAUAUGGAGGUUUCUUGUCCACAGUCCUGCUCCUUUCUCAUAACAGCAGGUUCAGGUGUGGCAUUGCUGUGGCUCCAAUAACUGACUGGAGACUCUAUGGGUCAGCCUGUUCUGAAAAGUACUUUGGCUUUCCUGCGAAAGAGGAAUACAAAUACCAGAUCUCCAGUCUGGUCGGAAUAACAGCCACUCAACCUCAGGAGCUUUUCAUUAUCCAUGGGACAGAAGAUGCCACCGUACAUUUCCAGCACUCAGCAGAGCUUGUAAAGCUGCUGUCUUCAUUAAACGUGAACUACACACUUCAGAUUUUCCCGGAUGAAGGACACACGCUUUCCAGCCACAGCCAGCAGUUCAUGCUUUCAUCAGUCAUGGCUUUCUACAAGCGGUGCUUUCAGGAGAAGAACACUGUUGCCCUGGAGACUUCUAAAGAAGAUGACUAGCCCAAUCAACCUGCCAUGACGCCCUGUUAAUAUUUCUGUAGCAAAGGGAUUAGGCAACUCCAGGCCACAGUGUCUGGAUGAUUUCCAGGUAUCCAAGACCUACUCAUGACUGAUUACAUGGCAGAGCAGGGUAUGUUGGAAAACAUGCAGGAAUGUGGCCCUCGAGGCCCGGGGGCUGGCAUGGAGUGUGCACUAAACCUGCCCUCUUUGAGGGCUUGGUUCCCCCUUCUCUUCUCCUAACCCUGAACCAGGAUAUCUACUGGACAGGGAGGCAAAUAAGUAUUUGAACCUACUGUGAUUUUGUUCUCCCACUUAGAAAUCAUGGAAGGGUCAGAAGUAUUCCUCUUCAUUUUCAUACUUUAGCAAAUAUUAGCAUUGAUGUUUUCAGGUUUGAGUAUAGUAUAUAAGUAUACAUGAGUAACCAACAUGAGUAGCAUACACAUGCAUCAUUUAAAACAAUCCUUAAAUAGGAUUUCCAGAUUCUUUUAGAUUAUGUCUCUCACAGUGGACAUGCACUUAAGAUGAAAAUGUUAGACCUCUUCAUGAUUUCUAAGCAGGAGAACUGGCAAAUUCGCAGGGUGUUCAAAUACGUGUUUGUCCCACUGCAUGUGAAAGGCUGCUAUAUUCACAGAAACACCCCAGACGUGUGUAAGCAACAGCGAAAGAGCCGAUGGUAAAGGAAAGCUGUUAUGUAUAUAGAUGUUUGUAAAGUUAGGAUUAUAUACAAAGGUAAAAAUUAGCAAUAAAAAUGAAAAAUGAACGUUUCCUUAGCAAAUACACAACUAACAAUGAGUUAGGAAUAUUGUUAUUGACAUGAGAUGUUUUCCUAUUUGGUCUGAAUUUCAAAGAAAUGAAAUUCAGACCCAAAGUUCCUUUUGAUAUUAUUAAUAAUUAUUGAAAAGAAACACCAUUUUCAUUAGUUUGAUAUUUAUUAUCAUUAAAAUUAGGACAAUAAUGAAGAUAGCCCCAAAUAACAGAAAUGGACCAGUUGUUGGUAUUUCCACCAUUUGCUGCAAUGACAACUUGACAGUGACGUCUAAAUCUCCUCACUAGAUUCGUGAUGCAGUUCUGAGGCUACGCUUUUUGGGACCAGUGUGUUCAUCCCAUUUAAAAACCUCAACAGGCAGACUGUUCCUCUACAGUGCUUAAAUGUGGCCUUGCCGUAUUUCAGUCGACCACAGCCACAAUGUGAGAGUCCUGGUCACACACAAACUUUGCUGCUUUGUGCUCAAUGUUGUCGUUGGGAUUGACUUACAAAGGAAAAUAAACAGCUCAUACUGGUCAAUACAGGCCAACUAAUACAUCCCCAACGUUUUGCUCGGUAAUAGUUUUGGACCAAGUAAGUAAGAAGUAGGACGUAAAGACACAUAAUAAAUAGAAUGAAGAACUUUUUUGAAUGGAAUGCAAUACUCUUCAACAGGUUAUCCCGUACUUUUUGUCUUUUGGUGGGAUAGUCUAUGCACUUUGGCUUGCAUUGCACUCUGGUAGCAAGGAGCUCAGUUUAGGGGAGAGGAGGGUCUUAAGCAAGGGCACUGUCUGAGCUGCUCCUGCCGAGUUUUCUCAUCUUACCUAGACUUUCACAUUCAAUAGCUGUAGGCCUGCUAUGUGUUAAAUACUAAAAGAAUUAGUCAAUUUUAUACAUGUCAUAAAGCCUGUUUAAGGUUGUUUCUUUUCAGUUUUUUGUUAUACAUACUUUGUAUUCAAGCAUUUGCAUGAUGAUGUAAAUACUAGAAGAGUAACGAUCAAUUUCUAUUCCUACAUCCAACCAGAAUGAUCUGUCUGAGGCAGAAAAACAAAUUGACCUAUACCAUUAUAAUAUUUUAAAAAUGAGAUAAAUUGAUAAUUCAUGUUGAAAAAUACCAUUUGGAUUGAAACAUGUAGCGUUAAAACGACCAAGUAACAGCAAACGUGAUGCAGCAGAAACUGAUCAACCAUCAUUCCAGUCUUUGAAUUGAUCAAAGUCAUGUGACCAUACAGAAUGUUCUAAUAAUGAUAUUCUGAUGUGGAAAAACAUCUUUAUCAAACUAAAAUGUGAUUGGAUCUGACAUUCAUUCUUGUUUACUUGUUUGUCAACAUAUUUAAUUUAUUAUCUUGAAGAAACACAAGAAUCUGGAAAACUUCAGCUGCUCUGUUCAGAACCAGGUAUUUAUGUCUGAGUCUCACUGCAGGAGGUUUGGGAUCAAGAUGUUCUGGAUCUGUUUUGGGUCAGUGAAUCAGAUCCAAUUGGAUUGUUCAAAAUGAACUAGUAUUGACUUUGAAUCGGAUGAGCAACCACAAAUUAUGCUAUGAAUCAAAUAAUUGUUAAAAUGAAUCGUCACACCCCUUCUAUAUACCUAAUUAACAUACCACCUAAUUAGCAUAUAAAUACAUAUAUUAUAUCAAUAAUAUGAUAUUAAUACUGGAGCAUUUAGGUUGCUUUUUUUCACUGUUUCCUGAUGUAUUUAUUUUUCAUUGCUUAACUGAUGUGUAUUUUCUGUCUGUACAUCUAUGUAGUGUUUCCUCGCUAUAUUGAAGUUCACCUUUCGGUGUUUUGCAAAUUUUUUCUCAGCACAAUUUUGGUUGGAAUAUCCAACUCUUGAAACAGUACAAGUCUCCUGUGUCCUCCGAAGGUGAGAGCUAAUGUACUAGCUUCAUUACAAGUUUUAUCCCGAAGACUAUUACAAGAAAAUAUGGAAAUGGUGAACUCCAUGCUUAUAUAUAUACAGAGAGAGACAGACAGACAUAGGGACAUUUUAUAUCUGGCUAUAUAUUUUUUUCCUAGUGUUUUUUUUCUACUUCUAUUCCAUUUUAUUUCUUGUUUUUGUAACGCCUGUCUUUAUUUUCUCUAAAGGUCUUGCCUUUUUCCAGGCCAUGGUUGUAAAUAAGACUGUUUUUCUUAACCUGUCCUGCCUGAAAAAGUUAUAGUUAAAUAAAAUAAAAUAAAAAAGAAUACACACUUGACUUCAUGUCAUUGUGUAUUGGCUCUUUUGUUUUGUCUAUUCUUAUAUUUGAAGCACUCGCACCACCAGAUAGGAUCGCACUUUCAAAUGUAGGCCCAGAUGAAGGUGCAAUGACUUCAGCGUGUGCCUCACUCCAGGGCACAGAGGCCAGGAGUCAGAGUCCUGGGCAGACACAUCGCUGCAUCUGCCACUGGCUUGAGGCCCAUGUCAUGGAUUUUGAAGCUGCCAGCUUCAAAACCACCAACAGGACGAGGUGAGGAGGACUGCUCGUCAAACUGCACGCCUGCUUCUCUAAGAUCUUUUAUUUACUGAACUGAUUGUUUUUGGCUCCGAGGCCACCCUGCCUCUGUAUAUCAGAGUGGUUAACAACGCAGAGCCAGAGCCAGUCAGACAUUGAAACUAUUUGCAGUGAGGAGGUAGGCAGAGUGGUGAAGAUCACGCGUUCACAGAUGUGUUUAAGGUACACAAACAAAGAAAAUUGUAGCAAACAGCUCCAUUUCCACAUAUCACAAGUAGGAACGUUGUGCAGAAAAUCAUAGAAACAUAACGCAUUAUUUAUCUCAACCCUGUGAUUAAAACUUAAAAAAAAGAGAAAGAAAUGAGUUUUAUAGCACA